AUGACUGAAUUUUUAGGUGAACCUGAAGAUAUAAAAGGAAGCCUCUUGACUGUGUUUUUUGCAACCUCAUCCGCUUUCGUCAUCUAAUCAUCUAAUCAUCAAAUCCAUUAGUUAUAUUUUUCUUUUCUUACGAAACUCUACGAAUUACGAAAACUCUUCAUCAUGAAUUUUGCUUUCAUCAUCUUAUCUGUCUUGGUCUCUUUCCAAGCUAUCAUGACUUUACCUACUACUCUUAUGCCUCGGCUUGAAAGCCAAAUUGGCAAGGGUGGAAGAAUUGAUCAAAGAUGUGCUGGCUUCUAUAACGGUGGUUUUGUACCUGGUUUCUCCUACGAUUAUCGCGGCUAUCUCAAUGUUCCGUUUACUUCACAGUUCUACUACUCAAUCAAUCAGAACUACGGAUUUGAUAGCUGUAACGGGUUCGGCAGCGGGCAAGUGGUUUGGGGUCAGUGCUCCUUCCCGGGCCAAUGCCAAGACUCGUACAAUCACUACACGGGUCUCUUAGGUGGUCUCUUAGGAGGUGUUGGUGGCCUCGUGAGUGGUGUCGGUCAAGCCGUAGGAGGUUUAGUCAGCGGUGUUGGUGGUCUUGUGGGAGGGCUCGGGAACACUCUUGGCCUACUUUCGGAUCAAGAACUCAAGGCGGACACCAACCAAAUCUAAAUCAUGAGCUCAUGCAAUCAACCGCGCCUCGCCAUGUUAAUGCAAACGUUUUUUUUUAAAUCCAGUUUCUCUAGGCUUGUUCCCUAAUUGCUUUAAACCAUCAGCCCAAUUUAACUCGGAGCUUUAGUUUAUUUGUG